CUUUUGACUACAACCAUCUUCCAAUCAUUCCUGAUCUUUCUCAGACGCCCGCAGAUCUUUGACCUUUCUAAUUUCUUAGCUAGAAACAUUCGCAAUGGGAGAUAUCGCCGUGGAAAACCCGGCGAGCGUCCUCUCGUCUUACACGAAGGCAGCUCCUUUGGAUACUAUCCCGAACAUCGAUUCACUCGAAGGAACAGGGGCCGAUGAUGGCGAUGAAUACGCUACUUUGAAGAAACUGCAGAGGCACCUGGAGUACAUCAAGCUCCAAGAAGAAUACAUCAAAGAUGAGCAAAGGAGCUUGAAGAGGGAGCUAGUUCGUGCACAGGAGGAAAUCAAGCGGAUACAGAGCGUACCCUUGGUGAUAGGCCAGUUCAUGGAAGCGAUCGACCAGAACACCGGCAUUGUACAGUCGUCGACCGGCUCGAACUACGUUGUCCGCAUUCUUUCCACCCUUGAUCGCGAAAAGCUGAAGCCAUCAUCCUCCGUUGCCCUGCAUCGCCAUUCCAAUGCCCUUGUGGAUAUUCUACCCCCGGAGGCGGACUCUUCAAUCGCCAUGCUAGGCGAAAACGAGAAACCGGAUGUUACAUAUGCGGACGUUGGUGGUCUUGAUAUGCAGAAACAGGAAAUCAGAGAAGCCGUUGAACUUCCUUUGACGCACUUUGACCUCUACAAACAAAUUGGUAUUGACCCUCCCCGUGGUGUUCUCUUAUACGGCCCUCCGGGUACCGGAAAAACUAUGCUGGUCAAGGCUGUUGCAAACAGCACCACUGCUAGCUUCAUUCGGGUGAACGGCUCGGAAUUCGUGCAGAAGUAUCUCGGAGAGGGACCUCGCAUGGUUCGCGAUGUCUUCAGAAUGGCGCGGGAGAACUCACCGGCAAUUAUAUUCAUCGAUGAAAUCGAUGCCAUUGCUACAAAACGUUUCGAUGCACAAACUGGUGCUGAUCGCGAGGUUCAGCGUAUUCUCCUGGAACUUCUGAACCAGAUGGACGGUUUCGAGCAGACUAGCAAUGUGAAGGUCAUCAUGGCCACUAACCGAGCAGAUACCCUGGAUCCAGCCUUGCUUCGACCCGGGCGUCUGGAUCGAAAGAUUGAGUUCCCCUCUCUCCGGGAUAGGAGGGAACGCCGACUGAUUUUCUCCACGAUUGCCUCUAAAAUGUCCUUAUCUCCUGAGGUAGAUCUCGACUCGCUUAUUGUGCGAAACGAGCCUUUGUCUGGUGCUGUCAUUGCAGCAAUUAUGCAAGAAGCCGGUCUUCGCGCAGUUCGCAAGAACCGAUACAAUAUCAUCCAGUCAGACCUUGAAGACGCUUACUCAGCCCAGGUUAAGACCGGACAGGAGGCCGACAGGCUUGAAUUUUACCGGUAAGGGGGAGCGUCUUUACUAUCGGGGGUAGUGUUUCGGCUGUGCAUAGCAAGAAGGUAGAAAUAAACUGUAUCACCAAAAUCUUUGGGUAGCAGAUGUGGUAAUGGGCUUUCUCUCGCUACUGGGCAGCUAGUAUGCUCUUGUGAGAAAACUGAUAAGUUAAGCAAACAAGAAGCCUUGGGUGAACUAAAUUCGCCAUUA